AUGGCCACAGGAAGAGUCCUACUCUGCUCUCUGCUGCUCCUGUCGCUGCAGCCGGGCCUCGGCAGGGGCCCUGGCCGCAGCUGGGUAAGAACCCCCCCCGGACCCCGCACGACUCCCCCACUCCUUCCUGCUCAGACCCUGCUCGCUGUCAGCUGCCCCUUGUCCCCUGCAGGUGCCCGCCUGCGCAGAGCCCUGGCCAGCCCGUGCCAGCUGUGGAGCCUGCCCCUACCUGUGGCCGAGCUGGGUCUGGGCUACGCUUCCGAGGAGACGGUCAUCUUCCGCUACUGUGCAGGCAGCUGCCCCCGCGGUGCCCGCACCCAGCACGGCCUGACGCUGGCCCGGCUGCGGGGCCAGGGCAGAGCCCACGGCGGGCCCUGCUGCCAGCCCACCCGCUACACCGACGUGGCCUUUCUCGAUGACCGCCACCGCUGGCAGCGGCUGCCCCAGCUCUCGGCGGCUGCCUGCAGCUGCGGCGGCUAAGGA